GGUCAGAGCAAAGUCCCAUCCGAGUCGUCUUGUCAUGUGGAGUUCAUUUGUAGUUGUCCCACGGCAGAGGGAAGAACUAUCCGUAUAGAUUUCUGGCAUUUGUGUCCAUUUUUAAAGGAUUUGAAGAGAAAGUACAGCCAAGAUGAUACGGACAGUUUUGUUCCUCGGUCUUAUGACCUUGACCUUGACCUUUGCCCUUGACCUUGAUGCUCAGUGGAUGUCCUUCAAGAAGACCUAUGCUAAAGACUAUCAGCAGACUGAGGAAUUAGUCAGGAAGAUAAUUUUCAAGGAGAAUGUCGCUCACGUCCAGAAGCACAAUCUCCAGGCAGAUAUGGGCAUGCACACAUACUGGUUAGGAAUCAACGAAUACACAGACUGGUCUCAUGAAGAAUUCGUCAACUACAUGAACGGGAUCAAUUUGAACCAGAAUAGGACGAGGACUGGCGGCUCCACCUUUCAGGAACCUCAGUACCUGGUUCUCCCUGACACUGUCGACUGGAGGCCGAAGGGGUUUGUGACUGAUGUCAAGAAUCAGAAACAAUGCGGCUCCUGCUGGGCCUUCUCAGCCACUGGUGCCCUUGAAGGUCAGCAUUUCAAGGUCAAGGGCAAACUGGUAUCCUUGUCUGAACAAAACCUUGUUGACUGCUCUAAAGCUGAAGGAAACUUCGGAUGCCACGGAGGGUUAUCUAGCAACGCCUUCGAUUACGUUAGAAUGAAUGCUGGGAUUGACACUGAAGAUUGUUACCCGUAUGAGGCCAAAGUACGUGAUUGGUUGGAAGGAGAAAGGAUGAUGUGUGCCGCUUCAAAUCGACCUGCAUUGGUUCCCUUUGUGUGGGGUAUCAGGACAUCCCCCAUGGGAACGAAACAGCCCUCCAGGUGGCAGUCGCGACGGUCGGACCAAUCUCGGUCGCGAUUGACGCGAGUCAUAAGUCAUUCCAGUUGUACAAAACUGGUAUCUACAACGAACCUAACUGCAGCACUACUCAUCUGGAUCACGGUGUCCUCGCGGUUGGGUACGGUACUUACCAGGGACAACCCUAUUGGUUAGUCAAAAAUAGUUGGGGUACCACUUGGGGUCAACAGGGCUACGUCAUGAUGACACGUAACAAAAACAACCAGUGUGGGAUAUCCACAAUGGCGACAUACCCAUGGGUCAUGUGAGGACUGUGCAUGACGGAUGUUGAUAGAAGUAUACAUAAAGUUGCGCAAUAAUUGUGAAAAAUACAACAUUCCAGGCCUUUUUUGUUAUCUAGCCAUAGAUCGAUGAUCGUCUGUAAACCAUGCCAACUGUCCGAAAAUAGAUAUUCCGAAAAUGAGGGACGUUUGUAUUCGGUUUGUAGAAUUGCGCUUUCUCUUCCGUAUUGCUCGUAGGCCUACUAGCAGGCGGAUGUUAUUCAUCCUCAAUGUUGUAACCGACUGUGCACGUUACGAACGUCCGAUUUCGUAUUAAGAAUUAGGAAGUAUCCGAAUUAAGAAUUAGGAAAUAUGCAUGUACACAUUGUAUGCUAAGUUUGUAGAAUCUGUAAUGAACUCAAAGUAUCAAAAUGUGAUGAAACACUUUUAUUAUGAAGAUGGACAAAAUAGAAUGACAUGUUUAAAAUCAGUGGUAUUAAUUUAACACUUGCACAAUCAAAUCAGAUAUACCGACAUUUUGACAAACUCGCACAGUGACGAAAUUUAAGAUAGAUAUUUCAGGCACUGGAAUUGAUCAAAGCAUCCCGUGAUUUAGGUUUUUGAUAAUCCUACACCUUAUACUGCGUCACCAGUUCGAAUUAAAGUCUUAUUUAGGCCUGAUAAGUGCCACCUUAUUUCAUGAUACGGUUUAUUUUAUCAAUAAAUAACAACGUAUGACCUUUUGUAAGUAAAACCUGAAACUUUUUGGUCAGUUUUACGGUGACUUCAUGGGACACUAUAAAUGCCGCACAGGGCAGCAGUUAUCUUUGCGGGCUGAGAAGUGACUCGGUAGGACUACGACUGUGUGGAACUACAUCGCCAGUGAAAUGGUUUUAUUCGUACACCCUCUAUCUACCAAGUGAUAUCGGGACUUUUAGCAUUCUCUAGCGGUGUCUAAGUUUACAUAUCUUAAAGUAGCAAUAAUUUCGUUGUUGUCGCCUGGGAAGCGCAAAAUAUGUUGAAGAAUGCCGAGAGCGGUGCAGAAUGAGUAUGCCCACACCCGGGUAUUGCCAACAACCCGUAUGCUGGACUCAAGUAUGACAUCUAUUUUUUCGGCAAAGAUGUCAUUGCCUGGGAUGAUGCCAUUUUUUGGGAAGGCAACUUGUACGGACCGCUGCUAUGCGACCAUGGGAAGACAUACGUUGAUUGCGAUUUGUUCCCGGGUGUUCCACCAGCGACGACACCGCUCCUUUGGGAUGAGUAUCGACGCGAUUCUUGUGAGAUUUCUGGUAACUAUCGCGCUGAUUGUACAGGGCACUCGUAAAGGCAUCUCCAAAAACAACAAAGUCAUUUUUCAAAUGGAAAAGAAUGUACCGCGUGAAUCUAGAGUUAUCGGGUUGGAAAGAAUGAAAUAUUUCGUCCCGUUUUCUGGAAUGAAUUCGACGUCAUAUACGAGAAUCCCAUCAAAUAAAUAUAUUUCAUUAGAGUAACCUAAUUCUCCUGAUUAGAGAAAUUUGUUUUUGGAACAUGUAGUAAUGGAAUAAUUAUUUGGUCUGAACGAUAAAAUUGUAACGUUGUUAUAUUGAGACACCUCAUAUUUUGACACAUCAUGAUUUUAAAUUUGCUAUAAAUUAAUCUAAGUUAUCAAGCCUAUCUUACGCAAAAUUACGAAUAACGUAUAAAGGUGCAAUUAGGACUGCAUGAUCAUCUCACUGCCAUCGACCGGUUAUCGCAGUUUAUUCCAGACGUUCAAUUUUGUCGCGUUUUUUAUCAACCCGACACCAAUGUACGUAAUGCACUGCACGACAACUCACUCAAUCUGUCACUCGGUAAUCGUUAUCACAAUUAACUAUAUCUACAUUAUAGUAACUUAUGUUGGAAUUGUUGGUUAAAAUCCAUAAAUAUUUUAUUCCAUGAUCUAGCAUGACCAGUUUUUCACAUUAAGCAAGAUGACAAGCGACCAACAAAAGCUUAAAAUCAUUCGAAACCUGUGUAGUGUAUAGUGUAGGCAACCACAUUUUCGCCUCUCACUUUUAAGCAAUCUACAAAAACUUAUGGGAUGAAUAAAAUGUUCAUGUUUUUAUAA